AAACAAAAGAGGCUCUCCUAAAAACCCUGAACCUACGUGCAGACCACCAGACAGAUUUCGCAACGGGGAGGCGACAGAAAUGACCUAACAGAUCAAAUUAGGCACAGACGAGUGCUUCGCAAUAAUACUUCCGAUUCUGGGUUCACUACGAUGACAAAUGACAAAAACUCAAGCAGGCCCGAAUCACGGCGUCAUGCGGUGCACAUAACUUUGACGCACGGCGUUUUCUUGUCAGUGGGAAGAUGAAGCUUGUCCUUUGAUGAUGGAAUUGACAACUGUCUCGCUAUAGUCGGAUAUUUUUAGGAACAGGACACGUGACGUAUAGGCAUUACCAUGGUGAAGCAUGGUGCUACUUUGCAAUUCGACAACAUCUGUCUCUCCGUGAAGAACUCCACGAUUCUCCAUGGCGUCAGCGGGAAAGCAGAACCCGGCAAAGUGCUGGCCAUCAUUGGUCCUAGUGGUUCCGGGAAGACUACCCUCCUUCACGUGAUCUCAGGCCGUCUAGCGGAGCUGAGCUUCGGUACAGUCAGCCUGAACGGCACGCCGCUGACUAAGGCUCUACGACGUAGGAUCGCUCUAGUCCUUCAAGAUGACAUCUUCUUCUCAAAUUUGACUCUCAGGGAGACGCUCUUGUUCACUGCGAGGCUUCGCCUUCCGUCAAGCAUUCCUUAUAAGGCAAAGGUCCAACGAGUGGAUGAAAUAGUGGACACGCUCGACCUCAACAAAUGCCAAGACACUAGAAUUGGUGACUAUCUCCGUCGGGGUAUCUCUGGUGGCGAGAAGAAGCGAGCUAACAUCGCCUGUGAGCUGCUGACUGACCCUGCUGUGCUGAUCCUUGACGAACCCACAUCAGGACUGGACUCCACGACUUCAUUGCAUUUAAUACAAACCCUGAAGACGUACGCAGAAAAGACACACAAAACAGUCGUCAUGUCAAUCCACCAGCCGUCCAGUCAGAUCUUCCACCUGUUUGAUCACCUUCUGCUAUUGGCCGAGGGACAGGUAAUUUACAUCGGCGAAGCAGAUCACGCUUUGAACUAUUUCGCGAGUUUGGGGCUCCAUUGUGAACCCAACUUCAACCCGGCUGACUUUCUGAUCGACAAAGCCAAAGGCAGCGAAGAAGAGAUGUCCAUUCUCUUUGAGGCUGCUAAAAAGAAGUCAUGGGGCGUGGUCAAGCUGACGUCACGUGGAUCCCAGACACCUGAUUGGAGGAGGCCUCGUCACCUGAACCAAUCACUACCCGAUCAGAGCGACGCACCGCUAGACGAAUACUUCCACAUUGACACCAGACACCACCAUUCAGUUCCACCGAACCAGCGCAUGAGACCUGUGCAUCAGUCAAGCCCCAAUUUCUCCCAGAUCACAACACCAACCGGCAGAAAUAUCUGCUUCUCCCGUUUGCCGCCGAUAAGCGGCCCCAGCCCCUUGACACCUCCUGAGAGUCCGAACCAGAGUUCUUCCCCGGAGCGAGAGAGCUCCUCGCCGAAUCGCCCACGGACGGUGAGUGGGGGGUCGUCCAGCAGCGACGUGGGCCGGAGGGAGCGGCGGAACACGGUGGUGACGAUCUCGGGAGUCUUCGGUGGCUAUCACAACGGCGUCAUGUCCGAGUUGUCGUUCUCAGACUCCUACAAAACGCCGAGAUUCGGCAAGAAGCAACUGAAGACGAGGAAAGUCAGCACGUCUUCCGGGAACGAGGAAAACGACCCCUCGCCAAAAUGGCAGACGACAUUCCUGGAUCAGCUCCACACGCUGACGCAGCGUAACUUCAAACAGUCACGUGACAUCCUCCUGUCCAAGUUUCUGAUUGUGAAGAAUAUCUUAUUGGCUGUGGUUGUUGGGUUGCUAUGGUUUCAGACCAGCCAUGACGAGACGAGGAUCAACGAUAUUCGAGGCUAUUUCUUUUUCGGUUUGGUCUACUGGGGCUUCGAGUCGAUGUUCCUGAUCAUGAAUGCGUUUCCCGCCGAACGAACCGUGGUGAACAAAGAGCGUUUGUCCGGAGCUUACCGACUUUCUGCUUACUACCUCGCGAAGAUGAUAAGCGAGUUACCGCUGACUCUCAUCAUGCCGACUAUCUACUUCAUCAUCACGUAUUGGAUGGCGGGCCUCAACGCUCAUCCUGUGGCCUUCCUUUCGUCGUGGUGCGCCAUGCUGGUCAACGUCUUGGUUGGCGAGUCCAUUGGGUUGUCCAUCAGUGCUUAUGCGCCGUCCAUCCAAGAAGCAGUGAUCAUUGUAUCAUUGUACAUGCUGACUACCCUCAUACUGGGCGGAUUCUACAUUGAGCAACUACCAGUGUGGCUGGAAUGGACUAGCUACCUUUCGUACACGUUCUACUUCUUCACACUUCAGAUGCAGUUUGAGUUCGGACUAUACGGAGAACCAGUCAAAUGCAGAGAGGUGAACAGUAUCUUCGAAGCGUGCCAUCAGAGUCCCAACGUGACACACGUGGACAGCGUCGAGGUACUAGACCAGGUCAGACUGUUACCGUUGUCGAUACAGGCGAUUUGUGGAAUAGUCGUCGGGUUCCUGGUGUUUUUCCGCCUUCUUGGAUAUGUAAUUCUGCGUUUCAUUCGUACGCCUGUUUAAAAUCAUUUUCAGGACACUUUUUUGAGACAAAACCAAUAAUGUGCUCAUUAAUAAGACGUUUUGUCCACGCCCCAAAGCCCUGCUUGUUAUCCCGAACGGGGUUGAACGCCCUCUUGCGGCCAUUUGGAGUAACACAAAAUUUUAAAGGUGACCAGUUGUCAUUUCUUGUCCAUUCAUUUAAAGGACAUUGUAUUCAAGUUCUCCGACUAGUACUAUAGUACAUCCGACAAAAGAACUUUUUGAACAAGUAAACUGUCUACUUGGCGGUUGAAAAUAUCUUUGACAAAGGGAUUAAAAAUUGUGAUAAUUAAGUUCAACAGAAGACUUUGCAAAACAGUUUGAGACCUUUAUGUGGCUGGCCCACAAGAUAUCAAGUGUGAACAAUUUAAAAUAAGCAAGCAAAUUUAAUAUUAAAAUGUAUUCAGGAAUAUAAUAUUCAACUUGUAAAUUGGAGAUAUGUGCCAAUUUUGUUCAAAUUUUCAAAUCUUUGCAAGUAAAUUGCAACCAUUGUCAAGCUCUACAUAAAAGGAGAAAAUAAUGAUUGUAUUAAAGUGAAAAUUCUUAUUCUCUUAACUGUUUUGUUUCUGUUGUGGCUAAAAAUUAAUGUUUUGAAAAACAAAGAAACAAAAAUGGUCAAGCGAGUAAUGCAAGUAAAAGAAGAGACGACAAUUUGUUUUUCAUGUUAAUUCAAAGCAAGUUGAUUUUGCAUUUAUUUUUGUAAUGUUUGGGUACGAUACCCUAUAUCAUACUGAUUAAUACUUCAAGUAAUUAUUAACUUAAAAUGUGGAUGAAGUAAAUAAUUAAAGACAUCUAAAGCUAGAUGUUUAAUUCUAAAA